UAAUAUCGUCAGAAUGAAUGUUACAAUACUGUAUGGUAGUGAAACAGGGACUGCUCAGGAUGUAGCUGAGCAAAUUUGGAAAAAUGUCAAAAGAAAAGGAUUGAAAAGUACUAUUUGCGCAAUGAAUGAGUACGACAUUCAGAAUCUUAAUUCAGAAAAGAUGAUGAUUUUUGUGGUUGCCACGACAGGCCAAGGAGACCCUCCUGAAAACAUGAAAGGGUUUUGGAGAUUUUUAUUAAGGAAAAAUUUGCCACCGACGUUGCUUAAUAAUGUGAAAUACGGAAUAUUAGGUUUAGGUGAUAGUUCGUACAAAAAAUUUAACUUUGCAGCAAAGAAAUUAAAUAAAAGAUUGAUACAAUUAGGUGCGACAGAAUUGUUAUCUGUUGGAUUAGCAGACGACCAACACGAUUUAGGAAUAGACGCUGUUGUUGAUCCUUGGGAACAAGAAUUAUGGACAAAGGUUGCAGAAACGUUUAAUAUUUCUGUAACAGAUUUUAUGGAUGAUCAAAAUACAAUAAUCGAAAGAUUUGAUGUUUCUGAAAUAUGUAUAAAUCCAAUAAGUCACGAGUAUCAUUCAGACAGUGAUAUUUACAUGAAAGAAGUACUCACAAAUAAUGAGAUGAGAGUGGGUACAGUAAUUGAGAAUGUAAGAACAACUUCAGAAGAUCAUUUUCAAGACGUCAGGUUAAUUAGACUUAAAUCAGAUGGUAUUAAUUAUCAACCUGGAGAUGUAUUGUACGUCAGACCUAAAAAUUGUAAAAAGCAAGUUGAAAGGUUCUUUAAUAUAUUAAAUGAUAAUAAUGUACAAGUGCAUCCAGAUAUGAUAGUUCAAAUAUCUGAGAAAGAAAUUAAGAUACCUACUGUUCUAAAUCAAACCCUGAGAUUAGGUCAAAUUGUAGAACAAUAUUGGGACUUGAGUUUUAAACCAAGAAGAUCUACGAUGCAAGUAUUAUCUCUUAUUAGUGAAAAUGAAUUGGAAAAGGAAAAAUUGCAUGAAUUUACAACUGCGGAUGGCCAAGAAGAACUAUAUAGUUACAUUAAUAGACCAAGAAGAAAUAUUUUAGAAUUAUUAGCAGACUUUCCUCGUACAACUAGUAAAUUAAAUCUGAAACUAUUGUUUGAGAUUAUGUCUCCCAUAAAACCUCGUGCUUUUAGUAUAGCAUCAAGUUUAAGGGUCACUGAAAAUGAGAUUCAUCUUUUAGUGGCUGUAGUAAAGUACAAAACAAAAUUGCUAGAACCAAGAUAUGGAUUGUGCUCCAAUUGGUUAGCAAAUUUAACGCCUGGAGAUGAAAUAAUAUUUUGGAUAAGAAAAGGAACCUUUAAGUUUGUAUACAAUAAGCCAAUGAUAUUCAUUGGUCCUGGCACAGGAGUUGCACCAUUUCGGUCGGCUUUAUUAGAUAAAUCAACGAUGGAUGAGGAUAUUAGUAAUUGCAUCCUCUUCUUUGGUUGUAGAAACAAAGAGAAAGAUUAUCAUUGUAGAAAUGAUUUUGAGUAUUUAUCAGACAAAAGGCAUUUACAAUUGUUCUGUGCAUUUUCUAGAGAUCAAGAACAUAAAAUAUAUGUGCAGCAUCUUAUACAUGAACAAAAACAGCUAUGCUGGGAAUUUCUUAGCAAAGGUGGUAAUAUUUAUCUAGCAGGUACUGAACCUGUUCGUCUGUCUCCUGGUUGGGAAGGAACAGGCAGACCCGACGAUGAAUUGAAUUUUAAAGGUGUUACAAUGGAUCAGGCAGAUCUUGAAUUGAAUCCUCCUAGAGAUAGAUUAAACAUAGUAUUCUGCAUAAUGGUACUUCAUGGAAUUGGAAUUUUGAUGCCAUGGAAUAUGUUCAUAACUGCAAAAGAUUAUUUUGUUAAUUAUAAAUUAUCCAAGGAUUAUACAGGGAUUAAAUCAAACUAUGGUUCAAAUUUUCUUCCAUACUUAGAAUUUGCAUCACAAGUACCAAAUCUACUGUUUAAUUGGUUAAAUAUAUUUAUACAACUCGGUGGCAAUUUGACAACACGUAUAGUAUGGGGUAUCUUCAUACAGGUUUUAAUAUUUGUAUGUACAGUUAUUUUGGCAAUGACUGAUAGCUCUGGUUGGCCAGGUGUUUUUUUCUGGAUCACCAUAUUUUCUGUUAUUAUAUUGAACAUUGCUAAUGGAAUUUACCAAAACUCUGUGUUUGGUAUGGUCGCAAAGUUACCUGGAAAGUAUACAGGAGCUGUAAUCUUAGGAACGAAUUUAAGUGGAACAGUUACAGCCAUCAUUAAUUUCCUUGCUCAAUAUAUGGCACCAAAUACGCGGACCGCUGCAAUAUAUUACUUUAUAACAGCUCUGUUUGUUCUUCUUGCAUGUUUUGAUACUUACUUUGCUCUACCCAUAAAUAGAUUUUAUCGAUAUCGGGAAUUAUUACAUCAAAAAGGAGUAAAUAAAAGACAACUGGAAAAUAGUGCAAGAGGCAAAACUAACAGGCCGCCGUAUUGGAAAAUAUUUAAACAAUGUUUUCUUCAAUGCUUUAACACAUUUUUUGUAUUUUUUGUAACUCUUUCUCUGUUUCCAACUGUUCAAUCUGAUAUAAAACGCUCGGAUCUUAAUUUCGUAGUUCCGACAGAGUAUUACAGUAGUGUUAUGUGUUUUCUCACAUUUAAUAUUACUGCUUUAAUUGGUAGUUCUAUCGCAUCGUUAGUUCAAUGGCCUAGUGAAAAGUAUUUGGUGAUCCCAGUCGUUUUACGUGUUUUGUACAUACCGUUGUUUUUAUUAUGCAAUUAUCAACCAAGUUCUGAUAUUGCAAGAGCGUUACCAGUGUAUAUUAAUAACGACUGGGUUUAUUUUGUAAUCGCUGUUACCAUGGGUGUAAGCAGUGGUUAUUUUUCAUCGUUAUCCAUGAUGUACUGUCCUAGGAUGGUAGACUCUCAACAUAGUGCAACAGCUGGUAUGUUUGGCGCAGCAUCAUUAGUUUCAGGAAUCUGUGCUGGAAUAUUGUUUUCUAUGAUCAUGCCCAGCUUAGUAGAAAAUUUAUCAUUUGAACUAUCUUAAUGUGCAUAACAUUGAAUAAUAAGGUACUAAUGCAUAUUUAAUAACGUUUACUAACUAGAAGAGUCAAAAAGAGAGAAGCACACAAAAAAUUACGAAAUUGGAAGUCACAAAGUAUAUCAUAAUUUUAAAAAUUAGACCUUUUCUUAUAACGAAUGAAUUGAAUAGAUUUCUCAAUGCGUAAAUGGACAAAACUGAAGAUAAACAUUAUUUAAGUACAUAAUAAUUUCAUUGAAUGAAAUAUUAUAAUUGAUUAAUUUUGAAUUGAAAUAUAGCAAAGAUCUUCAUUUUAUUAUUAAAGAAAGAAAGUAUGAUACGAAGGUUGAAGAACAUCUGUAAAAAUUGUCGAAUUUGUAUUAAUGAAAACAAUUUAAUAAUUCAUAAUAAGCUGUUAAAAGUUUGAAGCAAGAAUAGAAAUUUAUUACCGUUUCAAAUUCAUAUUAAUAAUACCAAUAUUUAAUCACUGCCCCAAACUAUUGCUAUUAAAUUGGACCAAUAAGCCUUAAUAAUCACAUAUUGCUAGGUUUUUCACAUGCAUAACUUCGUUCAAAGCCGCUAAAAUAAGCACACGAAAAGAUUUGUACGUUUAAUAAUUGUUACUUGCAUAGACCAAAUUUAAAGUAAGACUGGUUUGUUAAUAUUUCAGACUAACAACUUAACAAAGUCAAAACUGAACUGUACACAGUUUGAAUGGCUAAUGUUUUAAAUCACUCAUUUUUGUUCAAUGCUUAGUAACCAUAGUGAGUAAUUAGAGCUGCUAACUGUUUUCAUUAUUCUCAGAAAACAGAUGCAUUUAGAAAAGCAUAUUAGAACACGUUAUACUCAAAUACGUACAGGUUUUACACCGACCAAUUAAUGUUUGACGAUGCAUGGUGUAUUGUUUCAUUAUAUUUCUCAUACGGUUGUAUUCUUUUAUUAAGUAUUUUUACAAAUGUUAUUAUUCAAUAUAAAUUUUGUGUUUUACAUAUUUUGACAUAUUAGUUCUAUAUUAUUAUUAUUUUUUUUUUAUAGUAUUUACAAUUAACGCUCACAAUUAUACAAAAUAUUAGAUAAUUAAUACUUAUUUUUUUAAGUAACAAUUUUGUGAGGCAUAAAUUGAUCUGAUUAGCACUAGGCUAAAUGUAGAUCAAGACAAUAAAAUUUUUGUUUCAUUUAUAAGAGAUGUUAUCUUGCAUUUGUUGCAUUUAAAAACAUUUUUUAUAUUUAGCGUUAUUCGUUUACUAUUUACUUUAAUUUUGAAAUUACUUUGCUAUGCAUUAAAAAGAAACUAAAGCAGUGUAUAUAGCUAAACGCUAUAAGAGUAUAACACUGCAUAAUAAGAAGCUCAAUAAGACUACUCUAUUCAGAUAUUUUCUGUAUAUUUAUGAAUAUUGUAUAUGUUUACGUAUAUAUUCUCAAAGUUUGUUUAAAAUUUCUAAAAUACGACGUAUUUUACAGUCAGUAAAAAAAUUAUUUUAAUUUCAGGUAUGUUGUAAAUGAUGUAUACUAUUUUAGUAUUUUAUUUAUAUGUUACCGAUUACUACGAAUUCCAAGUUACACAAUAACAAAUGUUCAGAUUAACUGAAACAUAAGAAUUCUUAAUAAAUUUUAAUAUAUGUACUAUCAUACAUACAUAUAUACAUAUAUUAUACACAUGUUUGUCAGUUUCAGUAUAGAAAAACAAACUGAAAAAAGUAUGCAUCAUUGAAUAUGAAUUUUUCUUUCGAUAAAAUUAGUAAUUUUGUAAAUACCGUCUAAGUGCUUCCACAUGUUCUAACAUGUGAUGAGUACAAAAUUUGCAGUUUUAUUAUAUACAGUAUACAUUAACUUGUAAUAUCUACUAUUUAUAAUACUGUUUGUUGUCUUUUUUCAUCAAAUCAUACCUAAUUAUACUAAAACUCUUACAUAUUUUCAAAUUAUGCUCAGCUAAAUCGAUUAUCGUAUAGCCAUAUAUUGAUAAAUUUAAAAACAAAUUUUUGCUGAUAUAAAAAUACCUUAAAUUACCUCAAUUGUUGUACCCCCAAGUUGACCACAAAUUUUAUUCUAAAACAUAGAAUCCGAAUUCCUAGAAGGACAAUCCUCCACAUAAAGUAAUCCAGACAAUAAAUUAUAAAUGAAAUUGAAUGAAAUCAAUGAAUAAAAGUCAUUGAACUUAAAGCUGAUAGAGCAUAGAAAGAAUAUUUUUAUAUUGAUUCACUCGUGGACAUGUUUCAUCUAAAAUUGCUUAAUGCAUAUCAUUAUAUAGAUUAGGAUUAUUUCAGUAAAAUUCGUACACUGAAAUUAUUAACUUAAAACAAAUAAAAAUGGUGGUACAUCUGUUUUUUACAUGAAAAUAGUAUCACGCGAUACAAAUACUACAGCAAUCAUAUUACACUAAUGUUACAAAGUUUACCACUACUAUGUUCAGAUGUUUGGGCAUGCAAAGUAUAAAUAUAAAUGACUGUAAUAUACUUACAAAGCUCAUGGUUACAAAUGCGUCUUAAAACGUAGAUUUAUGGAAUUGUUUUAAUAGUUCAAUUUAUUGUAGAAAAGAUGUUAAAUAAAUGAAUAAGGACAAUUUUCA